UAUAAAACUUGAUUAGGACUAAAAGACAUAACAAAGCUCUCUCUCUCUCUCUCUCGCUCUAUUGCAAAUUGUUCACCAAUCUCUCUUUCAUUUGAUAGCUCCUGUCUUUGUCUUUGGUCUUCGUCUCUCUCAUCUUUCAAUUUUGCUUGCCUACUUACUUAAAGUUCAAACCUUUCUGUCUUUUUUUUUUUUCUCCAUCACACUCUCUAAGUGUAGCUUCAGUGGACUGUCUAGAUAGGUUUAGCAGAGUGUUCUUAUUUGCUUGGUAGAGGAUUCCGAAUCUGAAGUUUCAUACAAAAAAAAAAAGGAGUUUCUGUUGAGAUCUUUCUAGAUUCAUCAUCAUGCAUUUCCUCCAUUUUGUGAUUUCUUCGAUUCUCUGAUCCAAAGAAUCUGAAUUUAGAUCUAAGAAAGACACUCUCUCUCUUCCAAGUGUUCGAGGAAAUGAACUUCUUGAAAGUUGGAAACUUUCUCAAGUCAAGGAAGCCAAACCUAGACAAGGAGAAGAAAGAUGAGCAAGAUCAACCAAGGAGUGACAACAACACUGUGACAGAUUCCGCAAAAUCAGACGAGAUCCAAGACGGCGACGACGAAGACGACGAUUUCAUCACCAAUGAGGUUAAGAGAAGGCUAAAGGAGCUGAGGAGAAACAGUUUCAUGGUCUUGAUACCUGAAGAAGACGAAGAAGAAGAAGACAAGGAGUCUUAUCUAGGCGAAGAUGAAGGAGAAGGAGAAGACAAGUGUUCAUCAACUGUGUGGAGAGAUGUGGUCGCUGAAGGACUUCAAUGGUGGGGAGGUUUCGAUGCUGUCUAUGAAAAGUAUUGCGAGCGUAUGCUCUUAUUCGAUCGCUUAAGCUCCAACCAGCUUAAAGAAUCUGGCAUUGCAUCUCCUUCGACUCCAUCUCCAAGAUCUGCAUCCAAGAAGCUGCCAUCUCCUUUUCGAUGUCUUUCUCUGAAAAGGUUUGAUGUUCCCGAGGAUGAAGAUAUGGAGCAGCAUCUGCAGCAGCAGACAGGGAUCGACCCUUUUCAAGAUCUUGAGACGGCCUACGUUGCUCAGCUCUGCCUCACUUGGGAAGCACUUCACUGUCAGUACACGCAGCUUAGCCACUUGAUCUCAUGCCAACCCGAAACCUUGACUUGCUACAACCAUACCGCUCAACAGUUUCAGCAGUUCCUCGUCUUGUUGCAGAGGUACAUAGAGAAUGAACCGUUUGAGCAGGGAUCUAGAUCUGAGCUUUAUGCACGUGCCAGAAACGCAAUGCCUAAGCUACUUCAAGCUCCCAAGAUCCAAGGGACGGAUAAAACGGAGAUGGAGAAAGAUACAGAGUUCAUGGUCCUAGCUGAGGAUCUCAUCAAAAUCAUUGAAAGCACUAUCCUUACAUUCAAUGUUUUCUUGAAGAUGGAUAAGAAGAAACCAAAUGGGGUUAACAACUUGUUUGGUAACCACAAUAUGAAUUCCACAACCCCUUUGCAACUAGUUCAGUCAUCUAUUGAAAAGAAGAGGGCGAAAGCCAAGGAGCUGUCCAAGAAGACAAAAGGGCUUAGAAAGAAGUCUUGGCCUCAGACAUGGGAAGGAGUCCAGCUCUUGUUUGCAGGCAUUGACAUCAAACUAGCAACAAGGGUUUUGAGGAUGGGGAAAAUCAGUAAAGAGCAGCUGCUAUGGUGUGAAGAGAAGAUGAAGAAACUCAACUUUUCUGGUGGGAAGCUUCAAAGACACCCAUCUCCAGUUCUUUUCCCUUCUUGUUGAUAAUAAUAAUAAUAAUGAUGUUAACACCAUUUUGAAGUAAUUGUGUUGUUACAUUAGCUUAAUUAUCUCUGCAUUAAGAUGUUCCACAUCCAAUAACAGUUUGCUUUUUUUUUCCGGUCAUUAGAUUUUAGUAUUAAGGGACCAUUUUUUCUCAUGUGUUGUCGUGUGGAUGUAAAGCACAUAUGAAAGAAUCCAAUGUUUGUCUU